GAAUCUGCACGGAAAUGUCUGCUUUUGGAUUCUAAAGUUUAUUCAGCUAACUAGCUAACUUUAUUCUUAACUCCGUAUUCCGCAUUCCGCAUACUGUGCUUUUUCAUUCUUAUUAUUGGUGUAUUCCUAUUGUAGGCUGAGAAAAUUUACUGUUACUUAUGAUUCUGCAUUCGUUAAACGUUAUCCACUUUGGAGCGAAGUGGUAGUACAUAAACAUUUGAUGUUUUGUGAAUGUUCUGUUAGAUUAGAAGAAAAAUUGUCUACAUUUACUACAAAGCUACCUGCAAAAUACUACUCCUGCAAUUCUAUCCAUAUGUAUGCUUAAAUGGUACAUCACCAACAGCAAAAUAAAGGUAAACAACAACAGUCGGGAAGUAAAAUGAAUGGGGAUAGUAGGAUGAGUCGUUCGUCAUCCACCGAUAGCAAUGGUUUCCCGGUGAAAGAUGCCGAUACCAUCAAGCUCUUCGUUGGACAAAUUCCACGUAAUUUGGAAGAAAAAGAUUUACGGCAUUUGUUUGAAACUUUCGGCAAAAUCUAUGAAUUUACAAUUCUGAAAGAUAAAUACACGGGUUUACACAAAGGUUGUGCAUUUUUAACGUACUGCCAUCGCGACAGUGCCGUAAGAUGUCAAGCUGCUUUACACGACCAGAAAACACUUCCAGGAAUGAAUCGCGCGAUGCAGGUAAAACCGGCAGAUAAUGAGAGUCGUCCUGAUUCACCAAAAAAUGUUGAAGAGCGAAAGCUUUUUGUCGGUAUGCUUUCCAAGCAACACAACGAAGACGAUGUCCGCGCCCUAUUUGCCCCCUUUGGCGUCAUUGAUGAGGUGACUGUACUUCGUGGUGCCGAUGGUCUGUCAAAAGGAUGCGCAUUCGUCAAAUUCGCGACACAUUCACAAGCUGCUAUGGCAAUAAACGCUCUUCAUGGUAGCCAAACGAUGCCAGGUGCUUCGUCAUCGCUGGUCGUCAAAUUCGCUGAUACAGAAAAGGAGCGACAAUUACGUCGAAUGCAACAAAUGGCUGCCCAAAUGGGUCUACUAAAUCCGGUGCUUGUUAAUCAAGCCGGCGUUUACAAUACGGCAUAUCAACAGCUGCUGCAACAGCAAGCUACUCUUGUAGCAGCGCAAACGGCGGCAGCUGCUUAUUUCCCGGUCGCUAUGGCACCGCAGACAGCGCUAACAGCAGCAGGAUUGGCUGGAACAACAAAUCCGGCAACAUUCCUGACACAACACCCCUUGCAACCAAUUUCAGCACUUCCGUUACAACAAGCGCAUUCUGUUCAAGCAAUUUCCGCAUUAUCACAACCUUACGCACCUGUUGAUUAUGCCGCAACUGCAGCUGCAAGCGUUACACAAUAUGCACCUUCAAGUACUGCAGCAGCAGUAGCUGUUGAUUCGACGGCAUAUACACUGCCAGCUAGCGGAACAUUACCUGCCGGAACAAUACCCGCGGUAACUCUGCCUUCAGUUUAUAAUCCUCUGGUCAAUCUUGAACAGCAAGCAAAUCCAUACAAUCAAGCCUUACAACAAGCAAUUGCCCUUCAGCAAGCAGCUAUUCUUUUUCCAGGCGCACAAAAAGAAGUUUUGGGUCCGGAAGGAUGCAAUUUAUUCAUCUACCACUUACCGCAAGAAUUUGGUGACACUGAACUGAUGCAAAUGUUUAUGCCCUUCGGACAUGUGAUAAGCGCUAAAGUCUUCAUUGAUCGAGCAACCAAUCAGAGUAAAUGCUUCGGUUUCGUCUCCUACGACAACACCGCCUCAGCAAUGGCAGCAAUUCAAGCAAUGAAUGGCUUCCAAAUUGGCAUGAAACGACUCAAAGUCCAAUUGAAACGUCCUAGAGAUAAACCGUACUGAGCAAAAAUGAUAGUUCAAAAAAAUAAAAAAUGCCAAAUCUUAAAAGGAGUCUGUGUUGUCAAGUC